AUGUUGGACACUUUCGAAAUCCUGACCACAUCAGGUGUGGUCCUUUGGUCAAGGACAUAUGCGCCGGUCAACCCGUCCGUCAUCAACAACUUCAUUUCCGAUGUCUUCAUCGAGGAAAAGGCCGGCGCUGCGUCGAGCCAGUCUGCUGCCAGCAACCCACCGUACAAGCGCGACCAGCACACCCUUCGGUAUACCUUCGUCAAAGAACUAGGUGUCAUCUUUGUGGCCGUCUACAGAUCUCUACUUCACCUGUCGUGGAUUGACAAGCUGGUCGACAACAUUAAGACGAUUUUCGUGGAUCUGUACGGCGAACAACUGACGAAGCCUCACACAACACUGGUGGAGUGUACCAAGUUCGACGAAUACUUCGACCAGCAGAUGCGCGAGCUGGAAACGACAGGCCCCAAGGGUGACUCCAACAUCUCGGACGCCGACUUUGGUAAGGAGGACGAGACACUUUCUGGAAACCUCGGCGAUGAGCCUCCACUUCCCUCUGGUCUUCAUUACAGGGGACGUGGUAUCAACGGCGCAAACGGCGGCGCUUCCACAAACGAAUCGACCCCGAUUAUUACGCCGAACACGUCCCGACCCUCGACUCCUGGCGUCGUGGUCGGCAAGCCUGGCCCUGCCGCGAAAAUGUCCCGUCGUGCCCGCAAGGCGCAAAACCCAGGAGCUGUCGCUGCUUCCUCCGGUGACGAAUCCUCUGGCAGAAGGCCCCGGCCAGCAACCCGAUCUUCGACGAAGAAAGGCCGCAAGUGGGAUGCUGAUGGUUUGGCGGAUGAGGAAGACGAUGUCCAGCUUGACUACUCGGCUGCUCCGAGAUCGGCAACUAGUGACUCCGAGGCCGAGGGGACUGCCGCGCGCUCCUCCGCUCUUGAGCAUGUCGACGCCUCGACAUGGGGCAACAAGACUUCCAAGGGCCAGUUCAUCCUUAAGGAUCUCGACGACGAAGUCCACAACAUUCUCGCAUCCGCGCAGUCCAAGACGGACUCUUCGACCGAAGCUUCGAGCGGACUUAUCGGCUCCGGACUCAGCACGAUCGGAGGCCUGUUCCGCAAUGUUGUGGGAGGCAAGACUCUUACGAAGGCCGACCUCGACAAGGCAAUGAAGGGCAUGGAGGAGCACCUUCUCAAGAAGAAUGUCGCGCGCGAGGCCGCAAUCCGCCUGUGUGAGGGCGUCGAAAAGGAACUACUUGGUGUGAAGACAGGCAGCUUCGAGAGCAUUAACACCAAGAUCCAGUCCGCAAUGGAGGCUUCCUUGACCAAGAUGCUCACCCCUACUUCUUCUCUCGACCUGCUCCGCGAGAUUGAUGCCAUCACCGCCCCGCCCGCGACCACACUGCGUAAAGCUCGCCCCUACGUCAUCUCUAUUGUUGGCGUCAACGGCGUUGGAAAGUCCACCAACCUGUCGAAGAUUUGCUUCUUCCUCCUCCAGAAUAAGUACAAGGUCCUCAUUGCUGCUGGAGAUACCUUCCGUUCUGGCGCCGUCGAGCAACUGGCAGUCCACGUCCGCAACCUGAAGGAACUAACUUCCCGUGAGGGAGGCCGCGUUGAGCUGUACCAGAAGGGUUACGGCAAGGACGCCGCCACUGUCGCUCGCGACGCUGUCUCUUUUGCAGGUCAGGAAGGUUUCGAUGUCGUCCUCAUCGAUACCGCUGGACGCAGACACAACGAUCAACGUCUUAUGUCUUCUCUGGAGAAGUUUGCCAAAUUCGCUCAACCCGAUAAGAUUCUCAUGGUUGGAGAGGCCCUUGUCGGAACCGACUCCGUAGCGCAAGCGCGCAACUUCAACGCCGCCUUUGGCGCUGUUCGCUCCCUCGAUGGAUUCAUCAUCUCAAAGUGCGAUACCGUGGGCAACAUGGUUGGCACUCUUGUCAGUCUUGUUCACGCAACUAACGUCCCUGUCCUAUUUGUCGGCGUUGGUCAGCACUACUCCGACUUGAGGAAUUUCUCUGUGAAAUGGGCCGUCGAGAAGCUACUAAGCAGCUCUUGA